UCAUUGGCUGUGGCGGAGGGGGCGGUUUCUCCCGGACGGGUAGCUGCAUUGCUCCUCCCGCUCCUCCUCCGCUCUUCUCUCCCCCUCCUCCCCCCCUCCCCGGUCUGCUGGGGCGCCCGCCGGGGAUCUGAGCAUGCAGCAUCGGAGGGGCCCCUGAUCUCGGUGCAGUGGCCCCGGCCAGUUACAUGCAUGUCCAGUGGGGGCAGAUUUAAUUUCGAUGACGGGGGGUCGUACUGCGGAGGCUGGCAGGAUGGCAAGGCUCACGGGCACGGCAUCUGUACGGGUCCCAAGGGGCAGGGCGAGUACAGCGGCUCCUGGUCACACGGCUUCGAGGUGCUCGGGGUCUACACCUGGCCCAGCGGGAACACCUACCGGGGCACCUGGGCGCAGGGCAAGCGGCAUGGCAUCGGCCUGGAGAGCAAGGGCAAGUGGCUGUACCGGGGAGAGUGGACCAACGGCUUCAAGGGGCGCUACGGGGUACGGGAGUGUACCGGCACCGGGGCCAAGUACGAGGGCACCUGGACCAACGGGCUACAGGAUGGCUACGGCACCGAGACCUACUCCGAUGGAGGUACCUACCAAGGUCAGUGGGCCGCGGGAAUACGACAAGGGUUUGGAAUGCGCCAAAGCGUUCCCUAUGGGAUGGCUGCAGUUAUCAGAUCCCCUCUUAGGACCUCUAUAAACUCGCUCCGUAGCGAGCAUACCAAUGGCACGGCCAUGCACCCGGACGCCUCAUGUGGGGUGUCCGGCAGCCCCGCCGUCUCCAGGGGAGGGUUUGUGUUGAUGGCGCAUAGCGACGCGGAGAUGUUAAAGAACAAGAAGAAGGGCAUCUUCCGGAGGUCCAUCCUCAGCGGCCUGAAGUUGCGCAAGUCGGAGUCGAAGAGCUCAUUGGCCAGUCAGCGGAGCAAGCAAAGCUCGUUCCGCAGUGAGGCCGGCAUGAGCACUGUCAGCUCCACCGCCAGCGACAUCAACUCCACCAUCAGCCUGGGCGAAGGCGAGACGGAGCUGUCGGUCAUCGAGGACGACAUCGAUGCCACCACCACCGAGGCCUACAUGGGCGAGUGGAAACACGACAAGCGCUCUGGCUUUGGGGUGAGCCAGCGCUCAGAUGGGUUGAAGUACGAGGGGGAGUGGGCCAACAACAAGCGGCAUGGCUACGGCUGCAUGACCUUUCCGGACGGCACCAAGGAGGAGGGAAAGUACAAGCAGAAUGUCCUGGUGAGCGGAAAGAGGAAGAACCUGAUCCCGCUCCGGGCCAGCAAGAUCCGGGAGAAGGUGGACCGGGCCGUGGAGCAGGCCGAGAGGGCGAGCAACAUUGCCAAGCAGAAGUCGGAGAUUGCGGCGUCAAGGACGUCCCACUCCAGGGCCAAGGCUGAAGCGGCAGCUGCCGCAGCUCUGAAGGCGCAAGAAGAAGCUCAGAUCGCCAGGAUCGCUGCCAAAGAAUUUUCUCCAUCCUUCCAGCACCGGGAAAACGGGCUCAAAUGCCAGAGGCCAAAACACCAACACUCAAGUGACGACAUCGAAGUCAUCUCAGCAGAAACCCCACCGCAGCAAGACAGCCCGGAACUGUACCGGAAAGGGACCACUCCGUCUGACGUCACUCCAGAUGACAGUCCGACAAGGAGCCCGCUAUGCAGCCCACCCUCCACCCCUCCUCUGUCACAGCCAGCCCCCAAGUCUAGAAACAAGAGCGCCCACUUCUCCCGACAGCUGUCUGUGGAUGAGGACAGGGGAGGGGACAUCCAGAUGCUGCUGGAAAGCCGAGGCGGGGACUAUGUAAGACCCAACAGUUGGGGAGAAGUUGGCGGGGGUAGAGUGGGGAUAGGGCCGGGUAACCCGCUGGGACCUUGUUCCAUCCCAGAAGACCUGGUGAUGAAGAGCACUGGCCACAAGCACCAGGUCUCCAACCACAAGCCGAGGGAACGGUGGGCCGAUUCACCCACCACAGUAUCAUGGACUUCCCACCGGACCCACCACAACCACAGCCCAGGUGGUAACAAGCUGCUGGAGGUGGACGAGGAAAAGCUCAGCAACUACGAGAUGGAAAUGAAACCCCUGAAGAGGAUGGAUUCUUAUAUGCAAGAGAUACACACCCAAAAAAGACACUACGUCAAAGGCGGCCCGCGGAUUCCCGUCGAGGGCCACCACCUAGAGGACCGCACGUAUGGCGUUCAGAGACUGAGGUCCAAACCGCAGAACAAAGAGAACUUCCGGCCGGCAGCCCUGGCCGAGCCCACCGUGCAGAAACUGGAUACACUGCGGUUUGGGGAGAAGGGCGAGUCGCGGCUCCUGCGACGGGAUUUGACCCUUUCCCCGCCGCAGAAAUCUUUACCUGUUGCACUAGAAUCCGAUGAGGAAAGCCCAGUGGAGCUCAAACCCACGGGCUCCGCCCCCAUCCUGGUAGUCAUGGUUAUUUUGCUAAACAUCGGAGUUGCCAUUUUGUUUAUUCACUUUUUCAUUUGAUGGGACUGCUCCAACGUUUGCAAAAAAUAAAUAAAAAAAAAAGAUAAAUAAUAAAAUUUUCAAAAACUAAAAAAAAAAAAAAAAAAAAAUAUAUAUGUAAACUAAAAAUUCUAGAAGUCUGGACGCAGCUUAUAGAGCCAGGAAUGCAACUAUGGCUCCAUCAUCGGCUGAAUUUUUCUGAUUGAGCCUCUACGUUUUAAUAUCCAUUAUUUAAUUUUAAUUUUGUUUUUCUUCCAAAGGAACAAGAAUUAAGUUUAAAUCACAGUUUGCCUUUUCCCUCCCGUGGGUAACGUCAUUUAAUUUUUUUUUUUCUUUCUUUUUUUUUUUUUUUUUUGUUUGUUGGGUUUAUUCCUUCUUGCUUGUUUGGCAUGUGAGAAUGCAAAAAGAUAUUGACUUUUUUGGUUUUCUUUUUUUUUACCCUGGUCAGUCCUUUCCUGAAAGCUGCGUUGUACAUGUGAAAUGGGUUUUAACAGGAAAAAAAAAAAUAGAAAAAACAAAGAACAAGACACUUGGUUGACCCACUUAAUGGAUGAUGUUGCGAACCGUUCAUGGUCAGAGGUUACCCACACGACUGUUUAAUGGUCUUCGUUCUAGGCGGAUGCUAUGAAGAAUUUUUUUUUAUAUGUAGUGCCAUUGCUGAUUAAUAUUUUAAUACUUUUUUUCGAUUGUAGAAUUUUAUUUUAUUUUUUUACAGUUGGACUUUAGACAGUAGACAUUCACUAGAGUUCACAGCAAAUGGUUCUUCAUGAAGCCAGUUCUAUUAUUUUCCACUUUUUAUUGGACCCAAAUUCUAAAUCGUUUUUUUCCUCCAAAAAAAAAAAUAUUUGUAAAAAUUGCAUACAAAUUAUAUGUUUAUUUCCAGCCCAGAAAAAAAGUGUUGGCUGGACAGAGGAAAAAAAACAAAAAUAAGUACAGUGAAUUUAUCCCUUUUCUUUUUUUUUUAACGCUAAACAAAACUGGACAACUCAAAGGCAGAUAGUUCUUGAAGCUCCGAUUGUCAUCAACCAAGGGCCCACUUACACCUCUCAGUUCCGUCGUUCACAAUGGCGACCCAAGACACCUCGGACACAUGUCCAAAACAGAAAAAAAAAAAUGAUUGAAUACAAAAAUAAUUUGGAUAACGACCCAUUUGUGGUCUUGCAGAAUUACUUUUAGGAUGCACAUGUCCAGAAAGAAAAACAAAUAAUAAUAACGACCCAUUAGUGCCUUUGGAGAACUAUGGAAAAGGGUUUUUGUUUUCUUACUGAAUGUGGUCCAAUAAAAAGUGCACUUAAUAGAUAGUUCCCUAGCAAACAUUUUUAUGUUAAAUUGUAUUCACUUCACACAUCCAAUUUCUUUCUGAGGUACACAUACUUUUUUAAAUUUUAUUCACUUUCUAUAUACUGUUCAUCAAUAAAUUAGGCCCUACCAAAGCAUUUUAGAACACACAACCAAUCAGUCUGCAAUGGGAACUGAUGGCCUAGGUCUUAGGGCAUUGAAAGAGAAUUGAUGCCCCAAAUCUUAGGGCAUUGAUAGGAAAUUGAUGGCCUAGGUCUUAGGGCAUUGUUAGGGAACUGAUGGCCUAGAUCUUAGGGCAUUGAUAAAGGAUUGAUGGCUUAGGUCUUAGGGCAUUGAUAGCGAACUGAUGGC